AUGCUGAACGAAGAUAAUCCCGAUGUGAUUCUUGUAACAUCAUCUCAACUUAAUUUAACAUCUUCGAUUAAUUCUUCGGAUAAAAACAAAUCCAAUUCUGAUGUAAAUCGAUGUAAAACAAUAACUAAUUUGUUAAAAAAUAACAGUAAUGAAUAUACGAUUGUUAGAAAUAAGAAAAAUAUUUCUAGUGGUAUUUGGCUUAAAUUUGGUUUACCAGCACAAAAAAAUGAUAAAAAUUCAAAUCAAUAUGAUGUUAUACCAAAUUAUUCAUCUUGUUUCAAAUGUUUUCAUACAUAUCGAUUUACAAAUUCAAGUACAAGUAGUAUGAGAGACCAUAAAUGCCCACAAGAAAUUUCAAAAGGUCAACAACAAUUAACAUUACAACAUGCAUCACCAAUAUCAUCAUCUUCAUCUUCUUCACGUCCAGUAAUUUUAUCAAAAAUUAUAAAACAAAAAAAAGAAAAUAUAAAAAAAUUAUUUGUUCAAUGGGUGGUGACCGGCAUGAGACCGUUUCAAAUUAUAUCUGAUUCAGGUUUAGAAGCUAUAAUGCAAGAAUGUUUAAAUAUUGGUCGCGAAUUACAUAUGGAGAAUGUUCAAGUACAAGAAAUAUUAUGUAGUGAUCGAACAGUUCGAAAUGAAUUAGUAAAACAAGCUGAACUUGAACGAAAAGAAUUACAACAAUUAAUCUUUAGCUGUGCACAAUCGGGUCGUCUUUCGAUCAGUCCAGAUAUCUGGACGGAUAAUUAUAGAAAGAUAGCUUAUUUAGGUGCAACUGCUCAUAUGGUUGAUGAAAAUUUUGUUUAUUAUUCAUUUGAUUUAUUUUGUACAGAAUUUAAAGAUAAAAAAACCGGUGAAAAUAUUGUAAAGUUGAUACAAGAACAACUUUCUCUUUAUAAGGUAGAUGAAUAUAUGGAUUUAAUAACAUUUGUUACAGAUAGAGGUUCCAACUUCAUCAAGGGUCUCAAGCAGCACCGAUUGAUGUUUUGUGUUGCUCAUCGUUUGAACGGAAUCUUAAAGAAAACAUUUUUUCAAUUUUCAACAACAAGCAAACAAACACCAACAAAAUCAAAAUCAAUUGUUUCAAAUGAAAUAACACCGUUGAAAACAUCAACUGUUGUACGACAACUUUCUCCAGAAAUAAUGUUGAACGACGAUCAAAUUGAUGAGGAAGAAAAAAUAGCUUUAGAAGAAUGGAACGAUGAAGAUGGUGAUGAUGAUGUUGAAACAGUUGAUUAUUCAAUGUUGGAUUUGUCGAGUAUUCCCUGGAAUGCUCAGGAAAUUAUUGAAACGAUUCGACAAUGUAAAAUUCUCGUUCAUUAUGUAAAAAAAACUAAUUUAAAUCGACAAAUACAAUUGUUAAAUAAAGCACUUGAUGAUGAUGAACAACAACAACAUUCACCCUUUACAACAAUUCAUCAAUGUUCACAAAUUCGUUGGUUAUCUAUUUGUGAUUUACUUGAAAGCAUCAAGCGAUCAUAUGAACCACUACGAGCAUUAUUACAUGAAUACAAACAAUCACAUCGUAUUGAAAAAAUUAAUAUGGUGAUAGUCAAUCAAUUAAUUGAUUUUUUUCAACCAUGGCGAAAUGUUUUAAAAGAAUUACAGAGAGGAAAUGCACCAUCCCUGUAUGUAGUAUUUCCGUGUAUAAAUUAUUUACAAGAAGAUUUACGUAAACGUGAACGAAAAGAAAAAAGUGGUAAGGUAUAA